CAUCAUCACCAUCAUCUGAACUAGAGGAAAACUGCUUCACAAACCUCUUCCGCACAAGCUCCUCCUUUAACCCCCCUGUCUCAAACUUAAAGAUUGGCGGUGCUUAGCAGCAGCAGCGGCGGCGGCAGCAACGUCUCGUUUUCUUCCUGUGAACCGGUGUCUAAUUAAAAAAAGAAUGCGGGUUAGACUUAGUUUCGGACACACCUGCAGCAUCUUCCCAAGCCGAUUGUUGAAUAUCUGCUUUUAUCAAUGGUCCUGUAAUGGUCGUCAAUAAUACUCCAAAAACAAGAGCAGCAACACCUCUGGACAAACACAUGGACUCGCUGGAACAUCCGAUGUUACAAUCUCAAGGCAAGGGAGCUCGACGAAAAGGUCGUUUUAAAGGUUCAGAUGGCAGCACCUCCUCCGACACCACAACCAACAGCCUUGUUCGCCAGGGUUCGGCCGACUCCUACACCAGCCGUCCAUCAGACUCCGAUGUGUCCCUUGAGGAGGAUAAGGAGGCAGUGCGCAGAGAAGCAGAGCGACAGGCUCAGGCACAGCUCGACAAGGCCAAGACCAAACCAGUUGCAUUUGCUGUUCGCACAAAUGUCAACUACAGCCCUUGUCACGAUGACGAUGUCCCCGUGCCAGGCAUGGCCAUCUCCUUUGAGGCUAAAGACUUCCUCCAUGUCAAAGAGAAAUUCAACAACGACUGGUGGAUAGGACGCCUGGUGAAGGAAGGCUGUGAAAUCGGGUUCAUCCCCAGUCCAGUGAAGCUUGAAAACACUCGCAUCCUCCAGGAGCAGAGAGCCAAACAGGGAAAGUUUCACUCCAGUAAAUUGGGAGCCAACUCAUCUUCUAGUUUAGGUGAAGUGGUUCCUAACUCACGGAAGUCUACACCUCCUUCGUCUGCCAUUGACAUAGACGCCACAGACUUAGACCCUGAGGACAAUGAGCUUCCAGUCAACCUGCGCUCCCCUAAAGCCAGUCCAAACACUGUCAUGUCACCCCUAGCAAAAGAGAAACGAAUGCCCUUCUUUAAGAAGGCGGAACACAUUCCUCCUUACGACGUUGUGCCUUCCAUGCGGCCCGUGGUUCUGGUUGGACCGUCACUGAAGGGCUACGAGGUGACAGACAUGAUGCAAAAAGCACUGUUUGACUUUUUGAAACACAGAUUUGAAGGAAGAAUAUCAAUCACUCGCGUCACAGCAGACAUCUCUCUGGCCAAACGCUCAGUCCUGAACAAUCCCAGCAAGCACGCCAUCAUUGAACGCUCCAACACACGCUCAAACUUGGCUGAAGUCCAGAGUGAGAUUGAGCGGAUUUUUGAACUGGCCCGGACGUUACAGCUGGUAGUUCUGGACGCCGACACCAUCAACCACCCGUCACAGCUAGGAAAGACUUCCCUUGCCCCCAUCAUUGUCUACGUCAAGAUCACCUCUCCAAAGGUGCUUCAGAGACUCAUCAAGUCUAGAGGCAAGUCUCAGGCCAAACACCUUAAUGUCCAGAUGGUGGCUGCUGACAAGCUGGCUCAGUGCCCUCCUGAGAUGUUUGAUAUUAUACUAGAUGAGAACCAGCUAGAGGACGCUUGUGAGCAUAUGGCUGAUUACCUGGAGGCCUACUGGAAAAGCACUCACCCCACCAGCUGCAACCCCCCCAACGCACUGCUAACAAAGCUGCCCACAGCCACCCUGCCCUCCAGCCCGGCCCCGGUCUCCACCCUGCAGGGCAGCAGUGCAGAGCAGAAAGGAGAGAAAGCAUUAGUGGAGAGAAAGGGUUCCAGAGAGGAUCACCAGCACCAUCAUCACCAUCACCACCACCACCAGAGCCAGGACCAGGCUGAUGCAGAGGCUGAGGGGGAGAGGCUUGAGGAGGAGAGGCCUCUGAGAACAGAGGCUUCUAGGAGAGCCCAACACAUCCACCACCGUUCGUCUUCCACUCGGACUGAGCAACACAACCACCAUCACCACCACAGCAACAGUCGAGGUCGGGGACUCUCCCGGCAGGAGACUUUGGACUCGGAAACCCCAGAGAGCAGAGAGAGUCGAGAGAGCAAGGACUCUGCUUAUGUGGAGCCGCGUACUCAGCUCCUCCACCAGGAAGAGGAUGAGGAGGAGGAAGAGGAGGAGGAUGAAGAGGAGGACGAGGAUGAGGAGGAGGAUGUAGGAGAGGGGCACCCCCAGCAACAACAGCGUUACGAGCCACUUCCCCACCGGGACCACAACCACCAUCACCACCACCACCAUCACCGCAGUGGGGCGGAUGAGGCCGGCCACAGCGCGGGACACCACCGCUCAAAGGAGCGUGAACAGGACCAUAAUGAACGGAAUAAGCAGCGCUCGCACCACCACCGGCCGGCACGCGACCACCACCACCACUACUACGACCGGGACAGAGACAGGGAUCGAGAAGGGGAGGUGGCUCCUAAAAAGAGGGGGGACGCAGGAGAAUGGGCCAGAGACUCCUACAUUCACCAGUGACGGACCAAAGCCCCCCUAAAGCUCAUUUGGAACUCCCAACUGUUCUGUUCUCCCAUAAUGCUGCUAUACCCUGAAACCACAGCAUCUUAUUUAUGUACACUUCCUUUGUAAAUGCUGUUGCAUCUUUUUAAAUGACAGGAUUUUGAUUACAUAGAUACAAAUAUAAAUAUAUAAAUAUAUGUAUGUGUGUAUCUAUGCAUAGACGUUGUUUAUGUGUGGAUAUGCAUGAAUAUUCUCAAAUAUGCAUAUUUUAAACCUGUGUUUGAUAAAGCAUGACACGAAAGCAGAAUUUUUUUUUUCUGUACUGGGCUGUGCUUUCUGUGACUAGCAUUUUUAUUUUUUAUUGUUUUUAUUACUUUUUUUUUUCCUUGCUACCACUUGAAGAAUUUGUUCCAUCAAACUACUGCUAGGGUUGACUGCAACGGUUGACUAACCAAGUUAGUUUGAUGCUGUAUUUGCAGGUCUUUUGUUAAAAAGAGUAGUUUGUCAAUUUGGGAAAUAAGCUUAUUCGCUUAUUAUUGCUCAGUUACCAGUUUAUUUGGUACACCUAGCUAACACAAGUGCAGUCUAAUACAGCAGCCCUGCAAUAACGCCUACCUUCAUGAAGGUUAUAAUGUUUUAUAAAAUGUAAUGAUCAUCUUGGAGGCUGCAGUUUGUGGUGCUGUUAGAUUGUAUCAUGUAUUGUUUUACUGGCAGGUGUUACUAUUAUUUUGUCCACCUCAUUUGUAUCUGAGGGUAGUCUAAAUAACCGGAAGAGGACUGUUGUAUUAGACUGCAUUAGGCUUUAGCUACCUAACUGCUAACUGAGUCCAGUCUAUUAUAUGUGAGGUAAAUAUAAAGCUGCUGCUGGUUAGCUUAGCUUAGCUGGAAACAGGGAAGUAUGAAGAAAAAUCUAAAUUAAUAUCUAAUCAAUACAUUCUCAUUUAUUUAAUUUUUUCACAAAAAUGGAAGUCUUAAAAACAAGUUGUGAUUUUACGGCACGGCUUAAUUUACCGUAAGCUAACCGGCUGCUAACGCUAGCUGCAGGUUUAGAUACGAAAGUGGUUUGCAUUUUCUCAUCUAACUCUCAGCAAGAAAACUAGUUAGCAUAUUUCCCAAAGUGUCGGACUACUCCCAAAUUUUGUGUUCAUCAUUUAUUGCUUAGUUUUUGUUUUAAAGUUUGCGUCCAUGGUUUUGGGCAUUCGGUUUUAAUAUAUUUAAGCCUCCCUUGAGGUGCACCUUAGUCUUGCCUUACAAGACGAACUAGUUCCACAAUAACUUCCUCUCUUACAUGCAGUACUGUUCUUUGUAUGGGUCCAGAAACAUUUUGUAACAUUGAUACACUCUUGAUUCUGCACUUUUACUGAUUCACAUUGGUUUCAAGUGAAAUCUGACAUUGCAACUUUACUGUCGGUUUACCGAAACUCCAUCAAGGUUCAUCUUUUUUUAAGUCUGACCCCCUUUUUCUAAUGAAUGUUGUUUAAUUCCCACUUUAGCUCCAGAAUAUAAAGGAUGUCCAUUUUAGGGAUAUCUUCUUCAACACAACAAAAAAUUAAAAGAGGCAUUUGCAACUCAAACUAUUUAAAAAUGUUUACCAGACAAAGAUGGUUUUGUCUUUUACCAUGUAUUCACUCCUCUGACUAAAAGGAUCUAUUUCAAGAGUCAAUGACGUUGGAUCAAAUUUAAACUUUUAAUGUAUUAAUUCAUGAUACUGAAAAUCUAAAUUGAGCUCACUUCAUGCUCCUCUGUUUACAAACCCACCAUUCCUUCACUCUGUAUGGUUUUGCCCGGCAAUUUUAACAACUCCAUUAUUUUGCUACAUUGGUAGCAAUACAGAUUUUCUAACCGUGUACAUGUGUAUGUACAUAAUGCAUAAAUAUGAUGAAUAAAGUUGGCAAGAGAGGACUGUCGAAGGGGGGAAAAGGA